UUGCCUUUCGGUGACUUUCUGCUGCUGGUCGAGCCGUCGAGCGAAGUUGGGAGUCUUUUUUGUUUGUGGGGAUACCAAACCAAUCAGUCUUUUGAGUACACCUUCCAUUGGUCUUUGGGGCUGCAAACGAGUCGAGUGGAGUUUAUUGGACUGUUGAAGUGAAGUUGUGCAAAAUUCAGUACCCGUUCGUUUGUUCAGCAACUUGCAACUUUGUGUGCGAUUGUCGCUGUCGUCCGUCGUUGUCUUCAGGUCGCGCGAUCGCUUUCUCGAAGUUUGGUUCAGAGUUUGGGGACAUUGUCUUGUAGUGCGUUUGGGUUUAGAUUGUGAGAAAAAAGUUGCACCUUCUGAAUAAUCAUCAAAGUGAGCAUAGUGGGAGAACUAUCACAGAUUUGCCCUGUUUUCUCUUAGGCGUGCGGUGAUGAUGAAAAAUUUGACAGUGGCAUUUCCCGAACCAAAUCCGGGCAGGAAAACUGACAAGUGAUUCGUACACAAGCAGGAAAAUUAUGUUUGACAGUGGCAUAACAACAAAGAUAAAAUCGGGAAAAGUUGCAUUGCUUGCUCUGAUUUUAAAAAGGGGUGGCAGUUCAAGGAAAAUACAUCGGCUGCUACGUUCCUGAAGUACAAGGGAAACAGUUUAGUGAAAAUUCUCAGGUGAAAAUUAAAAAGGGAAGCAUUUCACAGAUCAAGGCUUCAUUUGGGGCUGGAUCCAGUUUUCAUUGAUGGAUUAGUAGCUGUGGUGACGACGGCGAGGGAGGAACGCAAUGUGGGAUGGAAUUGAAGAUUGAAGUGUUGCAGCAGCAGGCAGACUUUUUAGAAUAAUAGUGGCGAAGGCGCGAAUGUGUGAGUGAAAUAAUUCAUCGCAGCAGAUGAAGAAAAAGUAAGCACCACCAAGCAAGCCGCGAGCAUAAUAUUACUGACGGUAUUCUGAUUGGAAGACUUUUGAUUGAGAUUUUGAAUUUCACCUGAACAGAAGUUGGCAGUGAUCCGAUCCGGAGUGCAUGGACGGUCAGAAACCGUAGGGAAUCGCGGUGCAAGUGGUACCGAGAAAUACGAAGAAACAGUGCAAACAAACUACUCUGUUUUCGGUGCGAGAAUUGAAAGUGGAUCAAAAGUAGCCAGCGAUCCAAACGAAGAGUUAGUGGCACAGUAGUGCGGGGCUGUUGCAGCAGCUGGUGUUUUUGGGUGAGAGAGAUGGUGAUGGUUUGGCGGCACGGUCAAAUGCGAAGCGAAUGGUGAGUCAAAUAUCGAAUGCUCUGAAGAAAAAUUGUUGCUGUGUUGCGUCCGGAAAAGAGUAGUGAGGAGGAUCAGAAACGUGCAUUUUUUGUUUGUUUGUGGAAUUAAUGGGUGCCGGAAAGCUGAUGGACAAAACCACGCUGGUCCGGAACUGACAGAUGGCUAGCUAGAUACGGAGGGAAACAAUCACCACACGCGUCAAAAGCUCAUGGACACUACCAGUUCAUAGUUGAACACACCUUUUUCUACCCCACCACAAUUGCAAUCAUGUGCUAUCCAAACAAACCGUUAUCGAAAGCUGUUUGAUCCAGCUCUGCGCGCGUCCUGUCGGUAGAGACGCAACCUUUAUCAGUCCACUACACAGCAGUAGUCUUCGAGCUUCUCUUCCAUCUGGUUCCAUCGAAAUAAAAAGAUAAUCACGGCGACCCACAACCACCGAAGCGCCUGAAGACCUACCGACAGCUGCCACCGUUGCUAUCGCCACCCGAUCGGUGCCGCCAACGGUCUAAAGCGAGCGGUGGGACUUCGGUCACUCCGGGAACUCCGGUUGCGCGCAAUGUCGGACGGAUUCGCCGCUGGUUUGCAGCAAGAAGACAUUCUCCAGCAGCAACAGCAGCAGAGCGGCGAGUGGUCAUCGUACACCAUAAUGGAUUCGUCUCGCGUGUCCACGUGUCUCAUCUCGAUGCUACUGAUCGUGUACGGCAGCUUCCGGAGUCUUAACAUGGAACAGGAACAGCGCGAGAAAGAGAAGAAGCGCCAAAGCGAAAGCAUGAACAAUCUGAUCACUGGUGAACCGGUACAGCAGGAGCAAAAUAAAUUUGCAACGUUAGACACAAUGCAUGCUCUGUGUUUACCGCUGGGAGCCUCCAUAUCACUGCUAGUGAUGUUCUUCUUCUUCGACUCUAUGCAAAUGCUUUUCGCCGUCUGUACAGCAAUCAUUGCCACCGUGGCGCUAGCGUUCCUCCUGCUCCCAAUGUGUCAGUACAUCAUUCGGCCAUGCUCUGAUGGUAAUCGGAUAUCGUUUGGAGUUUGCGGUCGGUUCACUGCGGCCGAGUUGUUCAGCUUUUCGUUAGCAGUAUCGAUAGUUUGCAUUUGGGUUCUGACUGGUCACUGGCUACUGAUGGAUGCCAUGGGGAUGGGACUGUGUGUUGCAUUUAUAGCCUUCGUGCGCUUACCGAGUCUGAAAGUUUCAACCUUAUUACUCACCGGACUGCUCAUCUACGACGUGUUUUGGGUAUUCUUCUCAUCGUAUAUUUUUAGCACCAAUGUCAUGGUCAAGGUGGCCACCCGGCCGGCAGAUAACCCCGUUGGCAUAGUUGCUCGCAAGCUAAAUCUCGGCGGAAUAGUUAAGGAACCACCGAAGCUGAAUCUACCAGGGAAGCUGGUCUUUCCCAGUAUACACAACAGUGGCCACUUCUCGAUGCUUGGACUAGGUGAUAUUGUUAUGCCAGGGCUGCUGCUGUGCUUUGUACUCCGCUACGAUGCGUACAAAAAAUCCCAAUGUACGCAAACAGCGGAAGCUGGCGUCCCGCCUCCGAGGGGAGUCGGUUCAAAGCUGACUUAUUUCCAUUGUUCCUUAUUAGGUUAUUUUCUUGGUUUAUUAACCGCCACCGUUAGCUCAGAAGUAUUUAAGGCAGCACAACCUGCUCUACUGUAUUUAGUUCCGUUCACGUUGCUACCUCUGCUGACGAUGGCGUAUUUGAAGGGUGACUUGAGGCGGAUGUGGAGUGAACCAUUCAUCAUACAGCAAGCAUCCAAGCAGUUAGAAGUUUAAGCUGUAGUUAUCAUUUUUUUCCUUAAUGGAUAAAACAUAAGCAGAGACAUACAAUAGUAUUAAGGCUACGUUGAAAAGGAAAAAAAUACAUUACAAAAUCUAGAAACAAGGAUUGUAGCAUUAAGAUUGUAUACAUAUAAGAACUGCAUGAGGAAAACAAAGGAUUUUUCUGAUAUGAAUGUAUUUAGUGCAACAAGAACGAUGUUGCAUUCGAGGAUUAAGAUAAAACUCCUAUAGAAACCCGCUGCAGUAUAAACCGAACAAAUUAUGUAAUACUAUUCAUUUAACUGAAUAUAAGAAUCAUAUGCGAAUCAGAAGCAUAGUACAGCUAUAGUGUAUGGGGAAGCUUACAGUUCAUUUAGCAAACAGCAUCAACGUAAUAUGUAUGUACCGUGAUUUGUUUUUCAUUUAAUAGCCUGUUCAGACUACGAGGUUUCUUACAGGAUAUCAUAUGAAAUGAAAAUAAGACAUGUGAACUUUGACAUCAAGAUACUCUAUAUCAUGUUAUAAAGUUCGUUAUAUGAACAGGCUGUAUUUCCACCGAUCAUCAAAUAGUAUACACGUGGUUAGUUAUUUUUAUUACAAAGUUCUGUUUGCCACAUAAAUCAUUUAACAGUUCACAAGCUUCAUUCUAGUUUAAAGGUACCACUUGUUUCGCUAUUUUCAAGUGGCUACGUCCUCAUUAUGUUCAAAUACGUUUACGAAUGCCGACAAAUAGAAAUGCUCUUACUUCAUGUACAUUUUUUGAACUGAAAUAAUCAUGCAAAAAAGCGCCCAGUUAAGUCAAAUUAUUAGUAGGCUUAGAAUGUGUGUGAAUGAAAAGCUGAAGCGAAAGCAUCGUGUGCUAUGAGAACUGAAGCUGUUUGGAGGCAAUAGAAUCCACUAUGUGACAGCGAACCCAACUCAAGUCAUCAAUAUUGUUGCAUUUUGCUGCCCAAACGAAUAAUUUCUGUAUGUCUAAAUAUAAAACAAAAACAUUUUUAAAAAUUUAGUCCAAUUCUGAGGAAAGCACGACAUUAUCGCCUAUACUUGGAGCUGGAAAAUCACACACACAUACAGACAACAUGAGUAACGAUGUUAAAGGAUAAAUAAAAAUGUGAUAAUUUUGUAUAAUUUCUAUUCUUUGCACUCUAUGUGUAUGCCUAUCUCGAAUGUAUACCUUAUGAUUUUUUUAAACAUAGAAAAGUCUGUUUGGAUUAGCGAAAUAAAAUCGUUUUUGAACAUUGAA